AGACAGAGUCUUGCCUUGUUGCCCAGGCUGGAGUAUAGUAGUGCAGUGGUGUGAUCAUAGCUCACUGUAACUUCGACCACCUGUGCUCAAACAAUCCUUCUUCCUCUGCCUCCCAAGUAGCUGGGACUACAGAACAGAGCAGGACCCAGGAUGCAAGACCCUAGGCAUCCACAAGGCCUUCCACUGUCCCCAGGCCUUCCAAAGAGACAGCGGCAGGACCGCACAAUCUACAACUGGAAACAGCAGGAAGUGCUAGAAAAUCACUUUAAGGAGGAACAGUACCCAGACUAUGACACACGACAAGAGCUGGCGGAGAUGCUCAAUCUCGGGGAGUACCAAGUGCAGGUGUGGUUCAAGAAUCGCCGGGCCAAACGCUCUCGGGAGCGGUGGUUCCAGAAGCAGCUCCAGCAGCUCCAGAAGCAUCCUCAGCAGCAGCAUCCUCAGCAGCAGCAUCCUCAGCAGCAGCAUUCCCAGCAGCAGCUCCAGCAGCAGCAGCCCCAGCAGCAGCUCCAGCAGCAGCAGCCCCAGCAGCAGCAGCCCCAGCAGCAGCAGCUCCAGCAGCAGCCCCAGUAGCAGCUCUAGCAGCAGCAGCAGCCCCAGAAGCAGCAACUCCAGUAGCAGUUCCAGCAGCAGCAGCUCCAGCAGCAGCAGCCCCAGCAGUAGCAGCCCCAGCAGUAGCAGCUCCAGCAGCAGCUCCAGCAGCCCCAGUAGCAGCUCUAGCAGCAGCAGCUCCAGCAGCAGCAGUCCCAGCAGCAGCAGCCCCAGUAGCAGCGGCAGCAGCCCCAGUAGCAGCAGCAGCCCCAGUAGCAGCAGCAGCAGCCCCAGCCCCAGUAGCAGCAGCCCCAGCAGCAGCAGCCCCAGCAGCAGCCGCCCCAGUGCAGCCCUGGGCAGGAGGCCACAGAGCCCACAGAGCUCGCACUGUGCCCCCUUUCCCUGAAGCUGCGGCCUCUGCCCCCCAUCAGCCUGGCCUCUUGGGAAUUCUCCCACAGGGAGAGGCCCCGUGGGUAUUCUCCCACAAUCUGCAGCCUUCACCAGGCCUUGAGUAGCUUUGGGUGCAGAGCCAGGAGGGCAUUUGGCUGUCCUGGGUCUAGCCCCUGGCCCAAUCCCAGCCCCAUUCCAGGCCCACUCAAAAGCCAAGGCCUAAUCCCAGGUCCAGGCUCAAUCCUAGGCCCUGGCCUGAUUCCAAGCCAGGCUUACUCCCAGGCCCAGGCUUAGUCCUAGCCCCAAUCCCAGGUCCUGGCCCAAUCCCAAAGUUAGGAUCCCUCCCAGCCCCAGCCCUAGUCCCCUUGUGACCUCAGAGCACUUAUGCCUCCAAUUUCUUGCCAGACAGUCAUUCCCUGACUUCACAGACCUCCUCCCACCCCUAGACCAGUUCGAGGAAUCCUUGGUCUCCACCACGACAUCUCAGUACCAAGAGGGGGAUGGCUCUACGGACAAAAAGACUCGGGCCCCAAGUGAUUAAUGGAUUUAUAGGGGGCCUGUGUCUGCAAAGUCCUGCGGAUACCAGUGGACCUGGAGUGGCUGGUUGGUCUACACUGCUGGUGAAUGCACCACCACCAUUUAACCACCCUGCCGCUGGUGGGCAUUUGCUGUCUUCACUGUGUGGCCAUCACGACUAGCUCUGCUAUGAAUGCACCUGCCCUCAUCUGAGUUGAGCCUGAGCAUUUCACAGCUGGGAUUGGAGUCGCUGCUCAUGAGGAUGUUUGGCAUUAGUGGAUGCUACUUGAGAGCUUUGUAAAGAGCUUUACCCAGCACUUCUGAUAGUCAGCAUUCUCCCUGACACUUAGGAUUGUGAGACUUUUUAAUGUUUGUGGAUCCAAUGGCUUAUGGCUUCCCUGAUGACUGAGAGGUUGAGAAGUUCUCACAUGUUAAUUGAACCUUAGAAAUCCUCAUAAUGUGUCCAUUUGUUUGCCCAUUUUUCUUCAUUUAUUUGAAUGUAUUUUUAUAUUCUCUUGAUAAUUAAAGUGCUGCAAACACCCCCCAAAAAUACUUGCCCUAAUCAUUUAUUACUAUGGUGAUUGCAAAGUAUGAUUUUCUAUCACUAAUGAACUGUGCCUUCCAGCUUCUCUCUUGCAUUUCAAGGGUACUACUAUUCAACCUACUCUGUGCAUGUAUGUAAGCAUCUGUCAGGACAGAGGUAGACUUUAUGACUUCUGAGAUCCUUACUAACUUGAUUCUCAUUGAAGAGAAAGACAGUUUAAAGUAAUAUUAAAUUUAAAUUUUAUAGGAAAAAUAAAUUUUGGAUUUGUAAUAUUUGCUUUAAGAACCUUGAGAUAUAUAUGCAGAAAAGUCUACCUCAUUCAUGUAUAGUUCACUGUUUUUACAGUCUCUGUAAACACAGGACACAUCUCUGUAAACAGCAUUCACAUCAACAAGCAGAACAUCACCAGCUUUCCAGCAGCCUCACCACCCCAAAUGGACUAUUUGCUUUUCAUUUGGCAUAAUCAACAGUCUUCUUUCAGUGUUCUGAAUAAAUACAGGACAGGAGAUGUCCAGGAACAUAAUCUAAGAACAAUUUAGUAUUUUCAACUUCAAAUUCCUGUCUAUUUUCCUUCAUCAAUGAGCCUAGAAAACUUAGAAACAUUUGGAUAUCUUUUAGUUUGCUUCCCUAAAAUCUGAACAAACCUUAUUAAGUAUUUGAUUAUUCAGUAUUUUGACCAACUACACAUUGUGCCAGACACUGUCAUAAAUGCCUAGAUUACACAGACAGGAACAGGUACCUGACUUCAAGAAUGACUGAGGGGAUAAAUCACAGCUCAGGGGGAUACAUGCAGUAGUGGAGGGAUGUACGAGCAGGAUAGGCAAUGUCACCAUUCUCAAAGAGCUCACAGUUGAGUGGCUAUAGAACCAGUGAGAGGAAAGAUUGAAGAUAGUGAAUCCUAGCAACAGAAGAUGCCACUGACAGCCUCCAUAGAGGCUUGGCUGCCUUCUGAGGUAGAGUGGCUGGGUGUGGAAAAAAAAUGGGAGAAAAGAUGAUGAUGGUCUAUAGUAAUAGUAAUGUUAGUCAUUUCUUAAGACAAAGCUGAACUAGUUUCAGCAAUUUCUGUAUUCAAUAAAUGUGUUCCCUUUAGGUU